UAGAUGUAAUCCUAAUCAGUAAUCUAAUAAGGUUAUAGCACUAAUAUAACCAUCCCCUAAACACGUUCGUUAUUUUUAAUUUUGUAUUUAUCCGAAUAAUUUGCUUAGCUGAUUGUCCCUAACGAGAACUGUUAAAGCGAAUGUAAAUACGAUUCAAGGAAAAAUGUCUUUGUUGUUUUCCUUUGCGAGGGGAAGCCUUCUGCGAGGUUGCCUUCUGCAGGUGCAAGCUGCGACCAUCUCUCCACCUUUUAGGCAGAAGACCAAGGAAGUCGACCUGCCGAGCAAUGUGGGUCCUCGAGCCGGCAGGUUCCGUAGGAAUGUACAGUACCCGGAUGAAUAUACGAUAGAGCCCCUAAAUGUCACCAACUUGGGCGGAAGGGAUCCAGUUUCAGGGCGACUAGUUGUCAAAGGUAUUGGUGGUGGUAUAAAACGGAAAUACCACUGGAUAGACUGGAAACGAGUCGGCCCCAAGGAUGAUGGUCCACCACUCGUAGAGAAAGUUGUGGAGAUAAUGAUUGACUACUGCCGAACUGCUCGCAUUGCUUUGAUUGCUGGAGGUAAAAAAACGAGGUACAUCCUCGCCACUGAAAACAUGAAACCUGGCGAUUUGAUCAAGACAUCCCAGUUCAUACCAAGAAUCCCAGUUUUUGCAAAUGAAGGUGAUGCCUAUCCCUUGGGCGCACUUCAGCUCGGAACAAUCGUGCAUAACAUUGAGAUGCAUCCUGGAAGAGGUGGCUUUUACGUUCAUUCGGCCGGAUCGUUUGCAACGAUAUUGAGAAAGGUAGAUAAAAGGGUUGUAAUUCGUCUCCCGUCCAAGUUAGAGGUCUCAUUAAAAGAAGAAUGCAUGGCGACUGUUGGUCGGCUUUCUAAUGUGGACCAUCAAAAAACACCGAUCGGGAGUGCCCAGAAGAAUCGUGAACUCGGUAACAGGCCCAGGUCUGGCCUUUGGCAGAGAAAAGACGGGAGGUUCGGAAGAAAAAUCAGAGCACCACCACCUUUGUUUGUCGUUCCAGAAUAUGGAAAAGAAGAAAACAACCAGCACGAAGUAGUUGAAUUAACUCUAAAUAAUGAUAUGUAUUAUAAUAGUAAGCUGUGGGGCCACAGUAAAAUAUAAAUUAACUUAACAUUAAAAAAAAAGGAAAAUGUUUUUAUUCAAAUAAAGUUUGUUUUUGUA